CGAAACCUCCGCUGAAGCUGGUGUGACGUAGGGAGCUGCUGAAUGGCGGAUCUAGGUGCUGAAUAAUUAAUUUAUCUCUGAUCACAUGGCAGAGCUGUGAAUUAUUCAGCGAGUCCUGCGCGCUCCGUCCCGUUGCUCGCUGAGGCUGACCGGGACUCGCCGCUGCUGCUGCCGCCGCUGCUGCUGCUGCUGCUGCUGCUGCUGCCGGGGAUGGAGCUGAGCUGAGCGCCGGUGUUGUUGUGCUGCUCCGCGGGGCCUUUCAAGCAGCUUCAUGAGGAUCCACCUGGGACACUUUUCCAACAGACUUAAAGAAGCUCCACACAUGCUGAGACCUUAAUGGCUUCUGGAAAUUACUUGGAGCAUCUCUGAGCAGCCGUGUUUCCUGUGCAGCACCAUGCUGAAGCAGGUGCUGGUGGAUCCCCUCUGAGACAGUGACGUAAGCGUGAAAGCCAGAAAAAAAAGUGGACAAAAAUUUAGCCCCCAGGAGCAAGAACUUCACAACAAGGGAGGUGGUCAAAUUUGGAACAGAAGGCUGUGAUUCAGCGCAUGAAGCAGUAACCCCACGAGGCAGCACACUUCGUCACCUACUGAGUUUAACAGACCUGAAGGACAAUGAGCUCUAUUUUUGCUAAGUGGGAGACGUCCUGGUAUGGCCUCCACUCCCGUGUGCUGCGGACCAAGCCGGUGGACUCCAUGCAGGAGGGUGCAGGGGACCUGCAUGGCACCAGGCUGGCUCAGGUGCUGACUACGGUGGAUCUGGUCUCUCUGGGCGUGGGCAGCUGCGUGGGUACAGGAAUGUAUGUGGUGGCUGGACUGGUAGCUAAGGAAAUGGCUGGACCGGGGGUGAUCCUGUCCUUCAUCAUCGCUGCUGUAGCAUCCAUCCUGUCAGGAGUGUGUUAUGCUGAGUUUGGUGUGCGAGUGCCAAAGACCACCGGCUCAGCCUACACCUACAGCUACGUGACAGUGGGUGAGUUUGUGGCGUUCUUCAUCGGGUGGAAUCUCAUUCUGGAGUAUCUGAUCGGUACAGCAGCUGGAGCCAGCGCUCUCAGCAGCAUGUUCGACUCCCUGGCUAACCACACCAUCAGCAGAUUCAUGAUCAACCACCUCGGCACGCUUAAUGGUCUGGGUAAAGGAGAGGAGUCGUAUCCUGACCUGCUGGCUCUGCUCAUUGCUGUGGCGGUGACAGUGAUUAUAGCGUUUGGGGUGAAGAACUCUGUGAGCUUCAACAACAUACUAAACAUCAUCAACUUGGUGGUGUGGGUCUUCAUGGUGAUUGCGGGCCUUUUCUUUCUCUCCGGAGCAAACUGGGAGGACGGCAGGUUCCUGCCUUACGGAUGGUCAGGGGUGAUGCAGGGGGCCGCCACUUGUUUCUAUGCCUUCAUCGGCUUUGAUAUAAUUGCCACCACAGGAGAGGAGGCCAAAAGUCCAAACACAUCCAUCCCCUACGCCAUCACUGCCUCGCUCGUCACCUGCCUUACAGCCUACGUCUCUGUAAGUGUGAUCCUUACCCUGAUGGUGCCCUAUAACCUGAUCGAUGGAGAUGCUCCUCUGAUGGAGAUGUUUGCCGUGCAUGGCUUCCUGGCUGGGAAGUACGUUGUAGCUGUGGGUGCAAUUGCUGGACUUACGGUCAGUUUGCUGGGCUCCCUCUUCCCAAUGCCCAGAGUCAUCUAUGCCAUGGCAGGUGAUGGACUGCUUUUCAGGUUCCUGUCCCACGUGAGUCCGUUCACCGAGACGCCGGUGGUUGCGUGUGCCGUCUCGGGUUGCCUGGCCGCUCUGCUGGCCCUGCUGGUCAGCCUGAGGGACCUGAUAGAGAUGAUGUCCAUCGGUACCCUGCUGGCCUACACGCUGGUGUCUGUGUGUGUCCUGCUGCUCCGCUACCAGCCUGAGGGAGACGGCUUUACCAGCGUCACACCAGAAGACGCAGAGACCUGGAAGAGUAAAGAGGGUGUGCUGGCAGAGUGUGAGACAGAAGCCUGGGAGACUAAGAACCACCCGUCACAAAGAGACGACGAGAUGCUGAUCAGCAAAUCCGACUCUGGAGGCUACCAGUCAGACAGCUCGGGAUAUGGGGUCAGUGAAAAGGGCACGGACUCAGACUUGUCUGACAACAUGCUGACCUCGCUGCUCAAAAGGCUUCUGGGCACCAACUAUUAUGCCCUGCGGGCUCACCUGGGGCUGCCAGAGCUGGGUGCCCAGCCUACACCCGCCACUGGACGCACCGUCACCACCUGCGUCCUCUUUAUUUUCGUCCUGACUUUCCUGCUCUGGAUACUCGUCAUAUACGGCCUUGACCGAGUCUCUGAUGCCGCCCGCUGGGUGCUGGUCCCGCUUGUCAUUACCGUCGUUGUCCUAAUGGUAGCCCUGCUCAUCAUCAUUCUGCGACAGCCGGAAAGCCCUAAAAAGCUGCCCUAUAUGGCUCCAUGUGUACCUUUUGUGCCUAUUGCUGCCAUUCUGGUGAACAUCUACCUGAUGCUCAAACUGUCCAGCAUCACAUGGAUUCGCUUUGCUGUGUGGUGCUCUAUAGGUCUGAUGAUCUACUUUGGUUAUGGCAUGUGGAACAGCUCUCUGGAGCUGAGUGCCCGGGAGGAGCAGGCCCACGCCAGCUCCUACCAGAGAUAUGACGCCGGGGUGGACGACAGCUUCACGGUUGAUGAUGACUUCCAGCAGCAGCAGGAGGAGGACGGAGAAGAAGGCCGCUACCAGGGCUGGGCUGCCGAGGCCAAAGGCUAUCAGUACCAGAACCAGUACCAGGAUUAUCAGCAACAAGCUGAUGAACACACAGCAUCCUCCAACAGUCACAAAUCCAGAGGCAGAGGCAGGACGAAGAAGGGCUUUGAGGAGCUGGUCAAUGAUGACUCUGAAUACUCACCCGAGUGAGGACUGCACAAGGGAUUACGCCUCAAAGGAAACUAGUGUUUGUUGGGUCUCACAGCUUUUUCUUAUGCCUGACCAAGUUUUUAUUUGGUUUCCGAUGCUGUAUUUGUACUUGCUAGAAAUGUGCACUAGAUGUUUAUAGCACUGUGUGAGCUGGAUUGGUGUUACCUGACGAGGUAGUGUAAUGUAUUUUCGAGCUAUUUCAAGAUAAUAAAUUGUACUUGGCUUAUCCG